AUGGGGCCCCCAGAGGCCCAAAGGACGGCUGGAGAGACCUGGGAACGGGCGCCAAGGUCCACUGCCGCACUGCUUCGCAACCCCCAAGGCGUUCCUCUCGUGCCAGCGGCGGCGACGCACGCUCCACCGAAGCUGAUGCGUCCUGCUUCCACCGCCGCUCAACAGCGACCUACGUCAGCCUUUUCUCCAGUGAGCGGCUCAUCGUUGCCAGCCAUUGCCGCCUCUUCCAUAGCCUUUGCACACACAACAACCUCGACGCCGCCCAUUCGUGGCAUUCCCCUCUUCACCAGGACUCACCGCCCUGCUGGCUGGGCGUCGGUCUCGCCGCUCUCUUCUGCGUCGUCGCUGCGCCUGUCCUUGGACGAGUACGGCCGCGCGCAGUUGCAGGACGAAGCGGUGCGGUGGUACCACCGCUGUAGCGAGCUGGAGCAGCAGCUGACCAAGCUGCAAGACGCCUUCAAUCGACAAUCGAGGCUGCUGGCUGCACAGUGGCGGGCCGACGGCGGUAGCGGCGUGUGUGCGAAGCCGAGUGCUGAUGUCACGCGCGCCUCUUCAGUCAAGGCAUCUUCGGCAGCAGCCACUGCGAGAUCACCCAGCGGGCGGGAUCCCGCCUUCACGAGUCGGUCCCCUGACACCCUGCUCCGUGCCUACGCAUACACCGAGACUGAGGACGGGUACUAUGCAGGGCAGACGGAGAUGCGGUCUCAGCGAGUUGGCGCAGAGGACUCUCAGCACUGCCCGUCGGAGGGCAGAAAGCGAAUGCGCGUAGAUGAUAGGGCUCCAUCUCGCGAGCCGGUGCUGGGUCAGAUGGCCGAGGGCGAGAUGCAGUAUCGAGUUGCCAAGGCGUAUCCAGUCACCGCGGAGGACGAGGGUCCUGCUCAGGAUCUCCCGAAACGCGACUUUGGCUCGCAGGUGCAUCGCGGGCCCACGGGGGCAGAUGGCACUGCAGUCUCGUCGUCGCCACCGCUGUUGCGGGUGUCUGUGGGACUGCAGACCGACGGCUUGGCCUCCGGCGACGCAUCAUUCGCUCGUGAGACUCGUGGCAUCCCUGUUGAAGGUCUCCUUUCGGCUUUUACUGAGGCUACAAAAGAGGACCCCUCGUGCCUCCCAUCUACGCCGGGGCCGUCGGUGAUCAUGUCGAAGCAGUAUGUGGCGGCGAUGGGGGAGAUUGAGAUGCUGCGCGCGCGCGUGGACGCGGCGGAGCGGAGGUCGGCGGAGCUGCACGAAAUGUGCGCUGCCCAUGAGCUCCGCUGCGAUGAAUUGGAGACGCAGCUGCUUGGGAAAGAGGAGCAGCUGCUGCGCUCUGAGCAGCGGGCGCAGGGGCCGGCCACGCCGCUCUCUGGCGGUGGCCCGGGCUCGCCUGCCGAGGCUGCGGCGAAGGCGUUGCUUUCAGAAGAACUCAACCCUCUGAUAGCACAGCUGCAGGAUCUGCUGACUCUGGUGCAUCCAGACAGCCAAGGCGCACUGCGCGAACUAGGUGCCCUCGCGGCUGAAGACGCGGGCACGGUGCAAGCGACAGCCACUGACAACCUCUUCAGCGCUGCUUUUGAAGGCCUGUCCGCUGAGGGAGACGUCGCCGCGCCUUGCUCAACGAACUCGUGUCCUAAGUCGCCCCACGCCGAGGCGUCUACUCAUCUCGGCGGCGUCGCGCACCUCGCCUCGCUCGUCACAGAGGUGCGCAGCGCGAUCGCUGACUUCUCACAGCGAUUCGCGGCGCUGCAAGCGGAGCUGGAUGUCGUGCGAGCAGACCGCAACGAGUUGAUUGGAGAGCAGAGUGAACAAGUGCGUUUGUUGCAGGAGCAGCUGCUCGAGAAGGACACAGCGCAGUGGAGACUGCUGGAGGACUUGCACCGGGCUCAGGAGCAGCUGGCUGUCGCAAGGGCACAGACAACAGUGGCGCCAGCGGACGGUGAGGUGGGCAGCGGCGAGCCCACCGCAUCACGGCACCCGCAGAAGCGAGGAGGACACAGCGAUGAAGCCGCGACUGCGACGGCUUCCGGCAGCGCAGCCCAGCGGAGCUCCUUCCUCGUCUCUGAGGCGGUGGCAGGCGCGACGCAAAGGCUGUCACCGCAGCAGGCGAACUCUGCUACACAUCCCGCCCAAACGGCAGACACGAGUGCGGCAGAGGUGGCAGCCCUACAAGAGCAGCUGGCGCAAGUGCGGGCCGCCGCUGCAGCCGGGCAGGAGGCGCAGCGUCGCGUGUUAUCGGAGCGGCUGGAGCAGGCCGAGUUGCAGCUGAAGGAAGCGCGGCUGCGUGCUGAGGACGAGUACGAUCGCAUGUCGGGCACCAUAGAAGCACUGACGCGGGAGUUGGCCGACACCAAGGAGGCACUGCGAGUAAAGGAGAUGUCGCUGCGGAUUGCGUUGCGCGAGUCGUUCUUUCCACCGCUGCUAAUCACUGCUCACGGCGACAAGGCGAUGAGCGAUGGUGUAGUUGCCGGUGCAGCUGUCGCGGAAAAGCUGGCACAGGCUGCGGCAUCCUCGACUUUGCCGUCGUCGAUGCAGCUCCUGCGCACGACGUCGCGUGGGUCUGCUGCUUCGUCUUCGUCGCCAAGGCCGGAGCGCGAGAGCACACGCACGAGUAUGUCGCCGUCGCCGCCCAUUCCUCCCCACCUCCAGAGCGCAGCCGGCAUGGCAAAGAUGAGGGAUGUGGCAGACACAGACAUGGGCGACGGCUGGCUAGGGCUUGCCUCGGAAGAGAAGAAAAAGGCGCACCGGCGCUUCGAGGAUGACGGGACCCUGCGCACCCUACCCUCAGCCAUCGUGGUCAAUGGCCAGGACGGUGAGGAGGGGCUCGGCCGCACCGGCCAGCUUUUCGUUUCGUCCGCGGCGGCUCUCACCACGGCCAUCACGGCGACGGCGACAACGACAUCAUCUUCGCGAGAAAAAUCCUCUCGAGGCCUGACAAUGUCCACGGGUGGAGGCAGCCAAGGCGCCUCCUCGCUGCCUCACGGGUGCGGUGAUGGAAGCGCGGAGAUGCUGGAGCACGUCAGCAUAGCAGAGGAAGCAGCGCCACAGGAAGAGAUGCCGACGCCUUCGCGGCAGCGUUCUGGGGCUACUGCGCCCCUUUUCACGCAAGAGGAGGAGGCUGCGACAGUCGCAUUCGAGACACACCGCACCAUCUCCUCGUCACCGCCGCGGCCGCCGCAGAGGAAGAGCGCCCCCGCCCUUCUUGCGGACAUCGCUGCUGACGAUGAGCUGCCGCUGCCGCCACCACUGCGCGGCCCGCUUUUUGGCACCGCGAUGCUGUCAGGGUCGCCGUCGCCCGUGCAGCAGCAGCGCACACCCUCACCGCACCGCCAUGAGGCGACAUAUGGGGCUCGUCUCGGCAUCUAUCCAUCCGCGUCACAGGGGCCAGCGGAACAGCGCGGGCCGCGUGACAGCUCUGAGCUCUCCGCGCAGCCGCUGUCACCGGAGGCGAAGCUGCGCAAGUUUCUGUCGGCGCUCUCCGCCUCCCCUUCGCCCCUUGAGGAGACGGUGAAGGAGAGCGGACGCUCAUUGCUGACAGGCCAGGCUACACGAACGCGGCGAUCAACUCUGCACAACAGCAGUGAUGCGAGCACCGCGCUCAACGAUGCCAUUCCGAGCGACGUCAUGGUCUCUGCUCUUCUCACCGCCGGCACCAGGUCUGUGCCGAUGAUGGACCGCGACGAGACGACCCCGGGUCGAAGGCCGCUCUCGCUCUACUCUGCAAGUGCAUCGCCGUCGUCGGCUUCCACAACGACUGCAUCACGGCCGUCGCCGACACUCCUGUCCGGCUCUCCGCACUCCGCCGAGGUGGCGGCACGUCACGUGCAGGCGUCGCUUCGGCGUCACCGAGAGGCGUGGCAGCAGCAGGAGCUCAUCCUGCACGCGUUACAGAAAUCCCCGUCCCUGUGA